GAAAUAAGCGAAAGAGAAAGAAAAAAGCAAGAGUCAAUGGUGGGUGAGAGAGUAAAUCAAUCAUGAAUUUAGGAGAAGGGGAUGUGUAAUCAGAUGAGCAAUCACAGAUUACUUUCCCGUGUUUCUGCUUCAUCUUUGGGGGAAAAAAACAAAGCUUCUAAUUGUGUUGUCCUCUCUCUGCUUUAAUGCUUUCUCUUUCUCUCACUUUCAAUCUCCUGUUUGGUCCUAUCAAGAUUCCAUUCGUUGUUUCUUGGCAAAGAUAAGGAUCUUAAACUCUGUAAUUUUCCAAUCUUGUUGAUCCUUAUCUGGAGGGUUUCCUUUUGCACAUUCCCAAAACCCUAGAGCAGAACCAGAGGGAUCUUUGACUUUUCUUGUCUGCUCUUCCCUGCCCAAAUCGAAAGUCCCGACAUGGGUUCAAUCCACAACACAGUUCACUACUGUUGUGUCUCGAGAGACAAUCAGAUUCUGUACGCUUACAACAAUGGCGGAGACCAACGAAUCAACGAGAGUCUCGCUGCCUUGUGUUUAGAAAAGACUCCGCCUUUUCACAAGUGGUACUUCGAAACCAUAAGCAAGAGGACCUUUGGGUUCUUGAUGGAAGAUGGGUUUGUGUAUUUCGCCAUUGUUGAUGAGGUUUUCAAGAGAUCUAGCGUUCUUGAAUUCCUGGAGCGAUUAAGGGAUGAGUUGAAGAAAGCAGAUAAGAAGAAUUCGAGAGGAAGUUUCUCUGGGAGUAUCAGUUUUAGCAAUGUUCAAGAUCAGCUUGUACGGAGACUCAUAGCUUCGUUAGAGCGUGUUGCUCCUGAGACUAAUGACCUCACUUGUCUUCCGUUAUCAUCACCUUCCAUUGAACAAAGCGACGCAGCUAGUUCCACGAAAGCCCCGCUCCUUGGAAGAUCCAACAAGCAAGAGAAUAAGAAGAAAGGGAAAGAUCAUGUGAACACAAAGAGAGGAAUUGAGUUAGAGGAACAACGGAGAUCUACUGAUAGAGGAAACGUUACGGAAUGUUCUAAUGCCUCAUCUGCUGCAGGUGCUGCAGAAGCAGCAACAUAUGUUCCAAGAAGGGGACGAUCUAGUGGUUCUCAGAGCAUUGAAAGGAAGUGGCGGCGUCAAGUGCAGAUUGUUCUUGCUAUUGAUGCAGUUAUCUGCUUAACGUUGCUUGGUAUUUGGUUGGUUAUUUGUCAGGGCAUUGAGUGUACACGUUCUUGACUAACAGGGAGUUCAAAAUCGUCUUCAAGAUUCAAGUUCUGCUUUCAUUUUCAUAUGGCUUGAUUGAUCUAUUAUUAUUCUUUCACAUACCCUUUUUUUCUUCUGCAAUUCUGUUUUAUCGACUGCAGUUGGUAUACUCUGCUGCAUUGUUGAUUGUAUAUUUAGGUGUCUGAGGCUCAAAGUUCCUUACCUUGGUUUCUGUAUGAUAUAAUGAUUGUGUUUAUAU